AUUACCCGGAAAAUAUAAUAAGCAUCCGCGUAUUACAGGAAGGGCGUACGAAACCCAAAGAAAAUAGGGAAGCGGAAGAAAAGCGGGGAUGGGAAAGGAAGGAGACAAGGAAGACGAGAGAAAGGAAGCAGCAAUCGCAUCCACGCCGUGUCUGCAGCCCAAUUACAAGCCCAAAUCCCUCACCCAAACCCAGCUAUCCAAGUUCCAGGAGCUGCACCAGAGGAGGUUACAGAUCAAAUCAAAAUCAAAGAUGGGAAAGAAACCAAAAGAUAGUAAAGGAAAAUCUCACAGCAUAGACCUGACUGCUAGAGAUACUGCAAACCAAGAUUCAGUCAUAACACUUGAAACUUCAACCGUCUGUGACUCUGAGAACCACAAGAAUGAAACCAGUUCUGUUGUACAGCAUGAGGAUAUAGCAGUCCGGGCUCCAAAGAAGAGCCACAAGUUACAUUGGGGGCUUGACACAAAGGAAAGGUGGGAAAGGAAAGCAAACAUGUAGAGGAUCCGUGGCAACAUUUCGAAGAUGUGCCCGAAGGUGCUUGACUUGGGUGAUCAUGUUACACUUUCAAAGAGCAUCCACCUUACAAAUGUUAUCAUGGUAGUUAUUAUUUUGAUGUCCAUUUCUUAGAAUUAUCCAAGUACCUCCUGUAAAUUGUAAAGUAGCAAACAUGAAAUGGUAAGCUAAUAUUUUUUCAAUUAUGGAGAAGAAUUUGAUGUUGUAA